GUACAUACGAUAUAAGUAUUUCGCCUAGUUAUUCUAAUAUGAUUCACGCUGUAAGGUCUUUGACCAGCGAAGUGCUACGUCACGGCAAACCAAGCUUUGGCAAUCGAUUGAUGAGUGCGGCCAAUCGCAUCAACGUUAAAGUUCAACAGGGCACUGUAUCUGGAGUCAGAGAACAGCUUCCAAAUGGGAACGAUUCAUUUGCUUUCCGCGGAAUUCCGUAUGCUAAACCUCCAAUCGGAGAACUACGACACAAAGCACCACAACCAUUGGAAAAAUUCCAAAGUCCAGUGCUCGAUUGUAGCGCCGAGCGUGAUGUGUGCUUCAGCAGAAACAUGUUCACGCAAGAAAUAGAGGGUUCGGAAAACUGUCUGUUUCUAAAUGUGUACACACCACAGCUUGAAAACGGUGGAAAACUAUUGCCGGUGAUGGUGUUCGUUCAUGGAGGUGCAUUUCUGUUUGGCAGCGGCAAUUCUGACUGCUACUCACCGGAGUAUCUCCUGCAGGAGGGUGUUGUUACUGCAACGUUAAACUAUCGCUUGAGCACACUCGGAUUCCUAUAUUUGCCCAGUCAGGGCAUUGAAGGAAAUGCUGGUCUGAAGGAUCAACUGAUGGCCCUAAGAUGGGUUAGCGAAAAUAUUUCCAAUUUUGGAGGAGAUCCCAACAAUGUGACACUUUUUGGUGAAAGUGCCGGCGCUGCAUCGGUACAUUUGCAUUUACUAUCUCCGCGUUCACGUCAGUAUUUCCAUAAGGCUAUUUGUCAAAGCGGGUGCAGUAUUAUGGAAUGGGUUAUGCAGCUUAAUCCUGAGGAAAAAGCAAGAACUUUGGCCAAACUUAUUGGUUGCAACCAGGAAAACGAUGCAGAGAUGUAUGAAACGUUGAUGACGGCUUCGACGGAGGAUCUUGUGGGGCGUAUGCUGGGAGUAAUGACCGCCGAUGAAAAAGUUCGUGGUCUACCAAUGCCUUUCAAGCCUGUGGUAGAGUCUGAAACCGCAACGGAUGCUAUUGUGACAAAAUCACCUAUCGAUGUGAUGAAAACUCCAAAUAGCCUUUCUAACAUUCCUUUAAUGCUGGGAGUUAACAACCGUGAAGGUACUAUCAUGCUGUUGGACGCUGUUAAAAAACUAGACGUGUACGAUAAAGAUCUUGCAAGACUUAUUCCGCGUACAGUGAACGUGACUCCUUACACAGUAGCCAGUAAGGAGCUUGGGGAAGAAAUCAAGAAAUUCUACUUUGGUGGAAAAAGUGUUUGUAAGGAGACCCUUCCUCAAUUGGCAGAUCUGAUGAGCGACUAUCAUUUUGCCAUUUUGGCUAACGCCUGCGCCGAGCUGCAUGCUAGAUAUCAGCAUCAAUCACCACUAUAUUAUUAUAACUUUAGUUUCGAUGGUAUGCUAAAUAUGUAUAAAAGAUUGCUACAAUUGAAUGUCCCCGGUGCUUGUCAUGCAGAUGAACUGUCGUACCAAUUCCUAUUUCGUAUUGCACCUCUAGACGUUGCGGCUGAUUCGCUAGAGGCACGGGUUCGAUAUUACAUGUGCCGAAUGUGGACUAAUUUUGCAAAGUACGGCAAUCCUACGCCAGCUGACGACUCAUCUCUGCCUUUUCGCUGGGAUCCGGUAACCCACAUCGAUCCCAAUUCUAAGGAAGAUUUUCAGUUGGAUUGCCUUAACAUUGAUGCAACUCCUAAGAUGAUCAAAAACCCUGACAAAAAUCGGAUAGAUUUCUGGCGGGGAAUUUAUAGGCGUUACAACGAAGAUAUAUUGAAGGUUAAACUAUGAUGUAAUCAUUUCUA